CCGGGAAGGCAAGGGGGUACCCUGCCCGGGAAGGGGGAGCCGAUACUCAUGACUGCGUCCGCCGCCGCAGCAGCCCACAGCGCUGCCCGCCUGCCCGCACCCCUCCCACCCCGCCGCCCGCUCUCCUUCCCCCGCCCCGCUGGCUCCGCGCCCGCCCCGCCUACCCGCUGCUGGCCGGUGUCCCGCUGGCCGCCUCGCAGCCCGGUGUAUGUGCGGCAACAACAUGUCGGCACCGCUCCCCGCCAUCGUCCCGGCUGCCAGGAAGGCGACGGCUGCCGCAUGGAUGGUCAGAAGCACUUGCAGGGAUCAAAAGCCCCCACGUAAAAUACAUUUGCCCACAUGCGCCAGUUAUGCCAGUGUCUUUGAACAUGAACAUGGCCAUGCCAUCAUGGUUUGAUAUCAUUGGACUUUCUCCAGAUUCACAGGAAGAUGAAGCUGGGAUCAAGCAGGCAGCAGAGAAUGUUAAAGCACUGAUAGAUCAAGAAGUAAAAAAUGGAAUUCCUUCUAAUAGAAUUAUUCUGGGAGGCUUUUCUCAGGGAGGUGCUUUGUCACUGUAUACAGCUCUUACAACCCACCAGAAAUUAGCAGGUGUUGUAGCCCUCAGCUGUUGGCUUCCUCUGCGGGCUUCUUUUCCUCAGGGCCCUAUCAGUGGUGUCAACAAGGAGAUUGCUGUUCUUCAGUGCCAUGGGGACUCUGACCCAUUGGUUCCACUAAUGUUUGGUUCUCUUACUGUUGAGAAGCUAAAGAGUAUGAUAAAUCCAGCCAAUGUAACCUUCAGGACUUACUCUGGCAUGAUGCAUAGCUCAUGUAUUGAGGAGAUGAUGGAUAUAAAACAGUUCAUAGAUAAACAUCUACCUCCUGUAGACUGAAAUGAUACGUGAGAAGCCUUCUCUAUACACACACCAGCAUCAACUGUGGUAGAGUGUUAAUCUUUUCAUAUGCCUGAUGAGGAAGCAUUACUUCUGUGCCUGCAGUGUUGCUACUGUGUUGCAAAUUUAUACUUAGGAUGAGGAUUAAACAAUACACAUGUACAACAAAGGAUAAUCUUUUUAGUAUUAAUCAUCCACUGGUGGGACUAUGUGCAUGAGGCAGGUGGUGACAAUGACAGACUGUAACCUGAGUACACUGCUUCAAGACAGCUGAGGGGGUUUGACUGCAGAAUUUUAAACUACUUGUACAAGUCACUGAAUUCAAAUGAGCAACGUAAAUGUGAUCAGUUUUACUCUAGACGUGAUUUCUACUUAAUACUCACUGAAAACAUAUUCAAAUACUUGCUUUAUGGGGGAAAUGCAUAAAGUACACAACAUGUAACAUAGUUGGCAUGUGGUGGUAGAGGAAAUGCUACCCAGGACAGAGCUUUAAAUGUUAAAUGUUAAUUGUUACUCCAUGUAAGGAGGGUUGUUCUAAAAUGGCUGGAAAUCAGUGAAGGUAUUUUUUACUUUUUAACCACCUCACUUUUUCACUCUUUUCAUCUAGGUAGAUACUGUGGAAACUCUAAAGGGACUCAUUCUGUGUUAGCCUAUCAUUUGUCACUGUUUUUGUUUUGAUUACUGUAAACUCAUGCCAAAUGCUGACUUGGAAUAGAAUUCUGAAGAAGUGCAAAGGGUUAAUUUGAGUUUCAUUAAAAAAUUGUUUUCAUACUGAA